AUGGAUUAUUACAGACUCGCAUGAAUCCACGCAAAAAGAUAAAGGACUUAUUGAGACUGAAGUGGUCUGGAGGACCCGGUCUGCCUCUGAGUGCAGCUUUUUGAGUGCUGUGUCAGAUCAUGCAGGCGGGGUUUUACUGCAGGGAUUAAGGAAGUUACAGAGUUCCAGUUUCUGUGAAGCAUUUCGAAGGCGCUCCAUCACCUCCACCUGCCCGGCUGGUGCAGUGAGUAAGACACUUGCAAGAGCGCGGCCCCGCUGUGAUCCAUGGGUGAGUGUCUGCGGCGCGCUUUCCCGUGCCUGGGCUCGCUGUGGGACAGGAUCUUUAAAGACAAAGAGGCUGCCCCUCAUCAAGAAGGUGGAAGCACUAAGGAGGCAGGAGAGCAAGCCUCCGGGUAUGCCACAGUGGAGAGCCCCCCAAGCGCGGUCACGGAGAGCGCCAUCUACACGGCGCUGUGGUCAUUCGAGUCCCGGCAUGAGCAGGAGCUGUCCUUCGAGGAGGGGGACCUGUUCCACGUCCUGAACCGCAGCGGAGACUGGUGGACCGCGCAGAGGAUCGACAGGACUGGGCGCGUGCUGGACACCGGGAUCGUCCCAUUCAACUACCUCACGCAGACGGAGAGUCUGCACGUGCAGCCAUGGUAUUAUGGGAAGAUGAGUCGUUACGAGGCUCAGAGCCACUUGUCGGGUCCAGAAAAUGAAGAGGGAGCGUUCCUGAUUCGACAGAGUGAGAAAGACCACAUUGGAUAUGUUCUAUCAGUGAAGUCAAGCAGCAGUGUCAAGCAUUUUAAAAUUUACGAAGAAAACGAAAGUCGCUUCUAUGUGGAGUCCCAGCACAAAUUUAACUCUCUGCUGGAUCUGGUGAAGUACUACAGCAACAACAGACUCAACAACAUCAGCCAACUGGGAAACCCCUGCAAGAGGAGAAAGCCCGCCAUCCAAGAUCUGAGUCAUUUCACUGUGAGUGAAUGGGUGCUCCCAAAAGCAGAGUUUACCCUGGAGGAGGCGCUUGGUCGGGGCUGCUUUGCAGAUGUUUACAAAGGACGCUGGAAGAAUCAGAUCGGUGUGGCCAUCAAGAUUCUGAAAAAUGACUCGGAUAUCAGCCACAAAGAGUUUUACAGAGAAGUUCACUUCCUGAAGAGUCUGCGCCACCGGCACCUCCUCUCCCUGUUUGCUGUCUGCACCGAGUCCACGCCGUAUUACAUCAUCACCGAAUUGAUGAGCAAAGGAAGCCUGCUGCAGUUCCUCAGAGGGGAUGACGGACAGCGUCUUGAUAUCUCAUCCCUUGUUGAUAUGGCUGCCCAGGUGGCUGAUGGGAUGUCAUAUCUGGAGCAGAGAAACAGCAUCCACAGAGACCUGGCAGCCCGAAAUGUUCUUGUUGCUGAGGACUAUAUCUGCAAGGUAGCUGACUUUGGGCUGGCCAGAAUCAUCAAGGACCCAUUCUACGUCUCAGAGGAAAAAAAGAUUCCCUACAAGUGGUGCGCUCCGGAGGCCCUCGGUUAUGGAAGGUUCUCCAUCAAGUCAGACGUGUGGUCUUUUGGAGUUCUGCUCUAUGAGAUUAUCACCCGUGGAGGGAACCCUUACCCAGGUUUGGACAACACUGAAAUACAUGAGAAGAUCUCCAGAGGAUAUAGGAUGCCCCGUCCUCUCAAAUGUCCCAUGUCUUUGUACGAGAUCAUGAUGAAGUGCUGGAGCUUUGAACCGGAGGACAGACCCGAAUUCAAGACCCUGCGGACACAGCUGGAUGGCGGGUUGUACGAGGCGACCUGAACACCUCCUGGUGUUCAUUCAGGGGAGCAGAAAGUGCUGGAGAGAGGAACGGAAACUUAAUUCUCCAAAUGUCCUUCAAAAUAGCAACAAUUGUUUUUACUUCAGCCUGCUGUAAAGCAUUUUAUCAGCCUGGUACGUUAUCAUAACUUUUAAAAUCCAUUUAAGACUUUAUAAAAGAGUUUUUUUUUGAAACAUUGUAUUAUUUUCCUUUAAGAUGCAACACAGAAUUAAUCUUAUUUAGGGAGUGAACCUGUUAAUCCCAAAGCAUUACGACUGACUCUAAAGAGCAGGAUCAGUUUCACCAGAAAACAACAAACAAACAUUCUUCACAGUUUUUCCUCAUUAGGUUUUUAAAUGAAUUUAUGUGCAAUAAUUUGUUCAUAGCCAAUCUUUCUUAUUGUUAUUUUGUUUUCAAAAUUGUGGUAUUUUCAUAUAUUUGUUUGAUUUUUGAAAACAAUGGUAGUGAUGUGUGCAGAGAGUAUGGCAACAAAAUGUAAAAACCAAUGUAAAUAAAAUCAAAGGUGUACAUAGUU